AAGGGGUGUUAACCUAGGACAUGAUUAAAGUUUUAAGGUUAGAUAAGCAUUGAUCAUUUAUAUGUUGCUGGCAAAUUUAUAUAGAAAACUCAAGGAGUGUGAACAAUCUUGCAAAUUUUUUAAAUGUAUCUGGUUUGGUAAAACAUAUUGACCUGGCAUUUUUUAAAAUCUUUAUAAUAUGCCAAUGUUAAAACAUGACAUUGAACUUCCAUCACCAGUUCCUGAUUUGCUAUUGGAAAAGCAUGCAAAUUUUUUACUUUCAUAUGGCACAGACAAGGAUGAAUAUAUGUAUUGUAUAACGGAACACAUGCGAAUGUCUGGCAUGUACUGGGGUCUAACUGCAUUAGAUCUUAUGGGCAAACUUGAGCACAUCAAUCGGAAUGAGGUUUUAGAAUUCAUAGCUCAAUGUCAAACAGAAAGUGGAGGUAUAGCAGCAAGUUUGCAACAUGAUCCUCACAUUCUCCACACUUUGAGCGCGAUACAAAUACUCUGUAUCUAUGAUGCUCUUGAUGUUAUUGAUGUAGAGAAAGUUGUGAAAUAUGUGAAAGAAAGGCAACAACCAGAUGGAAGUUUUACAGGUGAUAUCUGGGGCGAUGUUGAUAUUAGAUUUUCUUUCUGUGCUGUAGCAACUUUGGCGCUUUUGAACCAAUUGGAUGCUAUUGAUGUUAAUAAGGCUGUUGAAUAUGUGAUGAAAUCUAUGAACUUCGAUGGUGGUUUUGGAUCAAAGCCUGGUGGUGAAAGUCAUGCUGGCAUGAUUUACUGUAGUGUGGGCUUACUGUCAAUAACUGGUUGCCUUAAUUUAGUAGAUGCAGAUCAAUUAAGUUGGUGGCUUUGUGAGAGGCAGCUUCCAUCUGGAGGAUUAAAUGGUAGACCAGAAAAAUUACCUGAUGUUUGUUAUUCUUGGUGGGUUCUAUCUUCGCUCACAAUUCUUGGACGACUUCAUUGGGUUAAUAAGGAACAACUGGUGAAAUUUGUACUAGCAUGUCAGGACACAGAAUCAGGAGGAUUUAGUGAUCGUCCUGGAGACGUUGCUGAUCCUUUUCAUACCUUAUUUGGUUUAACUGCACUUUCUCUUUUAAACGCUGAUUAUCCAUUGAAAAGGAUCAAUCCAACAUUUUGUAUGCCAGAGUAUGUUAUACAAAGGUUACAGCUGAAACCUUCCAGGCUAGACCAAAGUGAUUGAUAUUUAUUUCCAAAUAAUGAAAUUUUUACGAAUCAAUAAGAAAUGCGAAAAUACAACGUAAAUCUUUUGCACGAAUUAUUUUCACUUCUUUAUUUAAACACUCGACAUUGUUCGUUUUUACAGUGUAUACCGAAUGUAUUAUAAUAUAUUAAUGAAGAAAAAAAUAUGUGCUCAAUGCAAGUUACUGCAAACAAGAUUACAAUUAAAUGGGAUAAGCACGACACUAUUGAUAGGAUGUUAGUAUGAAACAUAUAUGUUCAAUGAAAUGAUUCGCAGAAUGAUAAAAUAAUUGCUACAUAUAUUCUUAUUAUCUAUUAUUAUUUAUUGUAUUAUGGUAAUAUAUUACAUUGUAAUUGUUACUACCGCUUCUGGAAAAUUCUUAGUAUUUUAAUAGGUCCGUCUGUUGCUUGUAUAACUACUGUUUGUUUCGGUGUAUUGCAUUCUUCGUAAGAGAGACCAUGAAUUUCUGAAAAAAAAACAGAAACGUUAAUGUUGUAAUGUAUUCUCAUAAUAUGUCUAGUUUUCAUUGGAUGAAAUUAAGUACCUAGGGUAUGCAAAAACAGUGAAAAUGUGUCCGCAUUACGAAUUGUUCCUGCAAUAAUGGCAUAUCUAUUGUUAAAGGAUAGAAAAGCCUUUAAUGCCAACACUAAUGCAUUAAAAGAAUACGGUUCAUAUAAAA